AUGGUUGGUGGCACACCUGAAGUGGGAAGUUUGUCAAAGAAGCUGAGAAGUGCGAAACCUGAAAACCUAUUCAAGAUGAACUCUACUCAUAAGUUAGUGUCGUUCUUGAUGAACGUACCCCAUGAAACAAGAGAUAAGAUUACUGUAGAGUUGAAGAAUGGUACUAGUGUUAAGGGGAUGAUAUUGAAUUGUUCACCAACCAUGAAUUUAUCAUUGGAAAAUGUAUCGUUGGUUGUUCCCAAUCAAGAUCCUGAGAUGUUACAGUUUAUGAAUAUAAGAGGGAAUCAAAUAAGACAAAUCAUUCUACCCGAUGACUUGAAUAUAGACCAUGUGUUAGAGAUGUCUAUGGCCCACCGUGGAGGUAAAAACACUGAUGGAAAAGAUAAUAAAGAUAAUAUACGUGGUGGAAGAGGUAGAGGAGGAAUUGCUCGUGGUGGACGAGGUGGUAGAAUAACAAGAGGUAGAGGUAGAGGUAUGCCUUCUAGGGGAAGAGGUGGUUCAAGGGGAGGAUUUUCUUCAAGAGGAUCUAGAGGUAUUACCGGCUCCAAUUCCCAACCUUUAGCCAAAAGACGAAUCUAG